GUGCGCGCGCAGCGCGGCCCGGCCCCGCCCCCUGCGGGCCGCCCCCUGAGCUCCGGCGUGCGAGUCUGGCUGCACUGGCCCAGCCUACCGAGAUCCCGCUCCCCCAGGAUGGCAGCCGCACUCGGGCUUCUGGCACCCCAGGAGGUGGUGCCGCUGACCUUCCAGGACGUGGCGGUAUACUUCUCUCAGGAGGAGGGGCGGCAGCUGGGCCCAGACCAGCGGGCCCUGUACAGGGACGUGAUGCUGGAGAACUACGGGCACGUGGCCUCGCUGGGACUCCGAACCCCAAAGCCAGAGCUGAUCUCCCAGCUGGAGCAGGGCGAAGAGCUGUGGGUCCUAGAUCUUCUCUGGGCUGAGGAACCAAAGACUUUGAGCAGGUGCAGGACAGAUUCUGCAACAGGGACUGAGAAGGAUCCCUCCAUUCUAAACCAGGAACGCCAUGAAGAAGUAAAAUCCCCAGAGUUGAUAUCAAGAAGAUUCUCAACGGGUAGUCCACAGGCAUCAGAGUUACCGGAAGCUUGGGGCCAUGAGAAUAAACUAGAAGGACAUCUGGGAACUUCUGUUGGGCAGAGUUUAAAGAAAUCUCAUCUUCACAAGACAGCUAUUAGGAAAGAGACUGUCAUGUGUAGGGGAAGAGCUCCAGGAGAAAGAACCCAGGAGGGCAGUGCAUUUCAUAGAAACUUCAAUCUGAACCAAAAUGUUGUUAGACUUCAAAGAAAUAAAGCAGGAGAGAAAGACUUUAAAUGUGAUAUCUGCAGCAAAACCUUCAAAUAUAAUUCAGAACUAAGUAGACACCAGAGGACUCACACUGGGGAGAAACCUCAUGAGUGUGGUCAGUGUGGACAAGCCUUUAGUCACGGCUCCAGCCUCAUUCUGCACCGUUGGGUUCACACGGGAGGCAAACCAUUUAAAUGUAAUGAAUGUGGGAAAACUUUUGGUCUCAGUUCCCAUCUCCUUCUCCAUCAGAGAAUUCAUACUGGAGAAAAACCUUUUGGGUGUAGUGAAUGUGGGAAGGCUUUCAGUCGAAGCUCAACUCUUAUUCAACAUCGUAUAAUCCACACAGGAGAGAAAACUUACAAAUGUGAUGCAUGUGGGAAAGCCUUCAGCCAGGGCCCACAGUUAACACAGCAUCAGAGGAUUCACACUGGGGAGAGACCCCAUGCGUGUACUCAGUGUGGAAAGGCCUUCAGUCGGAGCUCAAGCCUUAUCCAGCAUCAAAGAAUUCACACUGGAGAGAAGCCCCAUAAAUGUGAUCAGUGUGGGAAGGCCUUCAGUCAGAGCUCAAGCCUUUUUCUCCAUCACAGGGUUCACACUGGAGAGAAGCCCUAUGUAUGUACUGAAUGUGGCAGAGCCUUUGGUUUUAACUCUCAUCUUACUGAACACAUAAGGAUUCACACUGGAGAAAAACCCUACGUGUGCAAUGAGUGUGGCAAAGCCUUUAGUCGGAGUUCUACUCUUGUUCAGCAUCGAAGAGUUCACACUGGGGAGAAGCCCUAUCAGUGCUCUGAAUGUGGGAAAGCUUUCAGUCAGAGCUCACAACUUGCCCUGCACCAGAGAGUCCACACUGGGGAGAAGCCCUAUGGAUGUGGUUAUUGUGGGAAAGCCUUCAGCCGGAGGUCCACCCUCACUCAGCAUCAGAAAAUUCACACUGGGCGGAAGCCUGGUGAAUGCAGAAAAUGUGGCCCAGGCUUUGUUCAUGGCUCUAGUCUUAGGCCACAUGGGCAUAUGCACACUGGAGAGAAACGCUCCAUGUGUGAUGGACAUGGCAGCCACGGCACAAACCUUAUUCUGAAUUGGACAGUUUACACUGGUGAGAAAUCCUGUGGGUGUGAUGUGUCCACUGGGCACCAGAAAACACAUGCUGGGGAGAAGCCCUACAAUCGCUGUGACUGUGGGAAUGCCUUGAGCCAGGGUCCAACCCUUACUGACCGCGAGGUAACCCACACUGGCAAGAGGCUUCAUGGUUGCCCUGUGUGUGGAAGAGGCUUCAGCCAGAGCUCACAACUCACAGAGCAUCAGCAAACUCAUGUGGGAGAGAAAACUUUACAUGAUGAAUCUGAAAGAUACUUUAUUCAUAUCAAAAAGAUUUUCCAAGAAAGACAGUUUUAAUGUGAUAAAUGUGGGGAACAGUUCAGCAAUUGUUCAUUUAUGUUGGGUGGGAUGGCAUAAUGGAAGUCAAGUAAGAAGAUUUAAAUAUCAAUCGCAAAGUAAAAGAAACAGUUCAGAUAACUAUUGUUACAUUUGGAAAUAAACAGAAUUCAUUCUGGAAAGUAAGCUGUCUGUGCAGAAGUUACCAUUGUACUAGAAGGUGACCUGUGUGCUCAGGUCACCACAGGUACUCAAGAUGUAUGAAUGGAGGACAUGAGAAGUGAGUUUUCCCACCCAGUUCUGGGUCUGUCCUACCUGAUCUACUUCAUCUAAUCUUUGCCUUCCUAUCUAAGCCCACACUGGAGAUUAUCUAGUUUCAGUCCUACACACUUGCCUCCAGGUAUGUGCUGAGAACCUGCUGAAUGGGGUGUGUUCAAGCCUUAGUCUCCACCAUGGCCUGGCUCACCUCCCCCACCAACUCAGAGGUGGAGAGCCCUGCAGGUGGGAGUCCCGGUCUUGCUUGGAGCCCUAGUGUCUGCAUUUGUAAAAUGAAAGUUUACUUUGUCAUCUCAAAGAGCUCUACGGUUCAGCCAGGAGGGCACCUCAGGGGCUAGUAAGGCAGGCACUGCCAAGCAGCUCUACUUUUGAAAACUGAAAUUAUUGAUUCCAGGUUUACUGGGACAAGAAUGUUAGCAGGAAAAUUCAUGGUUAAGCACCAGGGAGAGAGGGAGCACCCCCAGAGCUAAAAAAGAAUAGAGAAAUGGAAAUCAGAGCUUCAGACUUGGAAAUGAUGCUGUGGCAGCCUUGGGGGCUUUGGCCGAUGUGAAGACAAAAGAUGAGGCCUCAGUGACCCAGGGUGAUAGUGGGAACCUAGGCCCCGCUCUAAUGCUGGAACCCCAGAGAGCUAUGUACCCUCUGUGUAAAGGCAAAUGAGAAAACAGUCCAUUCCCUUGCACAAAGAUGCUGGGCAGUCUCCAUGAGUUGAGGCAAUGGAGCUGGGUGUGAAGGGAGGCCAAGGUGACUAGAGUUCAACAGGAGCAGAAGAAACUAAUACUCCAAACCGAAGUAAAUAUCCACAAACAAGCAUUUGGAGAUAAUGAAAACACCUAGAAUCUUUCAAAACUAAAAAUGAAAAUGCCCCCCCAUCCCCCAAAAAAGAAACCAGAAAGAAAUGCAACAGGAGAUCAAAUGAAGGAAGGAAAUUAAAGUCAGCUUUUCAAGCCAUAUAUCCAACCUAUUUCCAAAUGGGAGGAAAAAAUGAGAAAUGAUAAAAUAAAUGUGGAAAAAGUUAAAAAUUGGUUAAUCUGAAUUAAGGUUAUUUGGGAGUUCCCUGCAUUACUGCAACUUUCCUGUAAGUAUGAAACUACUUCAAAAUUAAAAGUUAAGAUAAAAAAGCCUAAAAAUAAAACAGUAUCUUUUCUAAAUCAAUGUGAUCCCAAAGCAAGAAAUAUCAACUUGCAGAAGAUAGCUACAGAAAAAUCACAAUACCUGCUCUGUUCCCAUAUUUAUUAAACAAAUUCCAUGGAAUCAGGAGGAAAAGACAGCCCUUUUCUUACAUUUAUCCUGAAUUUUGUUCUCUUUUUGCCCAUUUCCCUCCCAUAAAAUGUCCAGGGCCUUCCCUUUACCUUACCACCUUCUUUAACUUCUAUUACCUAGAAGCUUGAAAAAAAACCAGGCUAUUACUAAGUACAAUUUUCAGUCCCUUAAUUUAUAAG